AUGAGCAAAACCUGGUCUUGUACGGAUCCUAGCAGCCUUGAUAAAAAUCCUGAGAAAGCAGAAGAGUUAGAAGAGGCUAAUUCGAUGAAGACCCCUCCAAUAUCCGUCGUUAAGGUUGCUGUAGUCGAGUUAAGCUCGGAGUACGUGGCCCUUGAGUGGCUAGCCUCGGGAAGACCUCACAUUACCACCGUAAUUGCCAACACAUCAUCCCUCAAUAACGCGACUACAUUAUUCAAUGAAAUUCCCGUGAGCGCUACCCAAAUUUAA